UACAGGGCGUGUAUAAAACUGGGACGGACGCACAGCGCUGCACACUCCCCGGUCCCACCCCAAUCACCAGCGGCGGCCGGCAGCAGCCCACGCAGCCCAGACAACAUGAGAUCAUUCGUGGUGGCAGCAGCUCUGGUCGCGGUCGCUCUGGCGGCACCCGUGCCGGACCCAGAGUGCGACUGCGACGAGAAUGGCGUGCCCAUGACUGGGAACGCUGUCGAACUCAGGAGCUUCAUUGGCGCACCCGCCUUUGCUGGCCUGAAGACCUACUCGGCGCUGGCUGCUCCGGCCGCUGUGGCCGCCCCCGCCUUCGCCCUGAGGGCCGCCGCGCCCGCCGCGGUAGCCAUCCAGGCCCCGGCCAUCACCUAUACCGCCGCCGCUCCCGCCGUCAUCAAGAAAAACAUUGAAAUUCCCAUCACCAAGACGGUGCACUACGCCGACGAGCCGGUCGUCACCGGACACACGACCAACAUCAUCAAGCCCACCAUCAACGCUCCGGCUAUUUCCGCGCCGCGCACCCUGGUCGGCAAGAGCGUCACCAACCCGGCCACCGUCAGCGUGCGCAAGUACGCCGCCGAGGUCAAGACCGUCAACCCCGUGCCGGCGCCCUAUGACGUGCCCUACGACGUGCCCCAGCCGUACGCCGUGCCCACGCCCGUGCACACGGCCCCCGUUGAGGUGAGGAAGCGCGUGUACGCCCCGACUGCCUACGCCGCUCCCGCCGUGGCCGUCGGUGCCGCCCCUGCCUACCCUGAUGUGGCCGCCUCUGGCGCCGUGAUCGCCAGCUCUGCCGCCCUGCCCGUCGGUGGCGCCCAUGCCCCGGUGGCUGUGGGUGGCUUCCCCGCCGCUGCUGCCGUCGGUGCCCACCCUGCCGGCGUCGUGAUCGGAGGCGCCCAACCUGCCGGCGCGGUGAUCGGAGGCGCUCAUCUGACCGGCGUUCCCGCCGCCGGCGUCGGUCUGCCCGCUCAGGCCCAGGGUGCUGUGGCCCUCAGGGCCGCUGCCUUCUCUCCGCUGAGUCUGGGUGCCAUCGACCUGGACGGCCUCGAUAUCAGCACCUACGCUCUCGACCUCGAGGAUUGCGACUGCGAUGAAUAAGCUGAGAAUUGGGAACAGCUCUGCUCCCAUUCACAUGUGUUUCCUUUUUGUCGCGAUCUAAUGAUGUCAUAAUCAUGGCGGAUGAGGCUGAGCCUGCCGACCACCGCGCUCAACUAUCCCGAAGCGCAGUUUCCAAGAGCUGAGGUGAUUGAGGGUUACAUGUUUAUCUGCUGACAUGGCUGCCUCAUGCAAGAGGAUCUAUGCGAACAUCUGUUGUGUACGCAGUCCUCUUAUAUGAAGACAACUAAAAAAAUACAUGUUUAUUUUAUA